AACCUUGGUUAAAGUUCGAGUCGGGGCGAAUAUUGAAAUAAUCGAGGCUUAUAUUGCACUUGUUUUAGGCCUACUUAAGUACUUGACCAAAUUUCCUCCCACCUCACACUCGGAGUGGUAGAAGUUGGAGGCUAUGGAUUUACUCUCAGUCUCGUCUCCGGCAGCCUCUCGUUUUCCGUCCCUGAAACCCUCAUCAUUCAGAGGCCCCAAACACUCCCAACUCACCUUUUCUCUGACAUAUCGAUCUCUUGUUAAAGCGUCUAUUAAACCCCUACAACAACCGAUAUGUUCAUCCAAUUCCAAAAGCCUCACUCUGAGCCUGUCUCCAGAGCUAUCUUCGUCCGCAUCUCAGGCGCCGGUCACGGCCAUGAGAGGUGCGGACUCCGACCCCAUGAGCCUUUUGCUUAGAGAGCGGAUUGUUUUUCUUGGUAACCCCAUCGACGACGUUGUGGCGGAUUACAUUAUUAGCCAGUUGUUGCUCCUAGAUGCCCAGGAUUCUACCAAGGAUAUCAGGCUAUUCAUCAACUCUCCUGGUGGCUCUCUCAGUGCUACGAUGGCCAUCUAUGAUGUUGUGAAGCUUGUAAGGGCUGAUAUUUCGACAGUUGCCCUUGGUAUUGCAGCGUCAACAGCUUCAAUAAUUCUUGGUGGUGGCACAAAAGGCAAGCGCCUUGCAAUGCCAAACACACGAAUCAUGGUUCAUCAACCUCUUGGAGGAGCAAGUGGGCAAGCAAUGGAUGUGGAAAUUCAAGCACGAGAAAUAAUGCAUAAUAAGAAUAAUGUCACGAGCAUUAUUUCAGGUUUCACUGGUCGGCCAUUUGAACAAGUUGAGAAAGAUAUCGAUAGGGAUCGUUAUAUGUCUCCAAUGGAAGCAGUUGAAUACGGAAUAAUUGAUGCGGUAAUUGAUCGUGAUAGCAUAAUUCCUUUGGUUCCUGUGCCAGAAAGGGUAAAACCAAGGUAUAAUUAUGAGGACAUCCGCAAGGAUCCAAAGAAAUUUUUGAACCCAGAUAUCCCAGAGGAUGAGAUAUAUUAGUUUGUGCCACUUGUUACAGCUUUUGUUGAUCAGGCAACACCCGGAUUUGAACUGGGGAAAAGGAUUUGUAGUCCUCGCCUUGCCGUUCGGCCAUGCUGUGAAUAACUAUGUGACUGUGAAUUCAUGAACGAUUUAUGAAUUUUAAUUUAUAAUUUCUAAAAUUGUCUUUCCUCUCACAUCUUCAUGAGGAAGUAAUUUCCUGUUGUUAUCGGUGUACUUGAUUGUUACCCUUCUUAAGAUUUGGGAUGGCAUUA